AUGCCCAUGCAUUGCAGUGCAAUAGGUUGCAAAAGCACCAUAAAUAUUAAUAAAGAAAAAGCUGCAGACAUAAAGUUAGGAACAAUAACAGAAAUAACAUUCCACGUAUUUCCUAGUAUUCCAGACAGAAGAGCGAAAUGGAUAGAAAUUAUGAAAUUGCAGAAAAAGGUUCUUGGUCCAGGUAGUCGGCUUUGUUCUCUGCAUUUUGAAGAAAAAUUUAUUGAUCGCACAUCUGUAGCCUGUGUGAGAUUGAGAGAAAAUGCUAUUCCUCAUAUAUCUGAAGAUAUAUUAGACAAAACAAAACAUGAAGCAAAUAUAAUUAAUGCAACAAAUAAGUUACCUUUGCAAUCACUUGAAAAUAUACAGCAGGUUGAUAAGCACACACAGUUUACAUAUCCUAUGAGCGCCAAAGAAACGUCUUUCUCGUUAUUGCAAGAAACAAAAUCAAUUGAUGACGAAGAAAACACAAAUAUUUCGCCAGAUAUUAUUUGUAAUUCGCCAAAAAGUACAAGAAAGAAAAUCUUAUGUAGUGAUAUUGAUAUGUUGCGCAAACGUGUAGAAGUUUUACAGAUGUCACGUCCAGCGCACAUUUUUCGCUGA